AUGCCUGUGGCGGAUGAAAUUGAUACGUCUGAGUAUACUGCUGCGGGGCUUGCUGUGGAGGCAACGGAUAAUGCUGGGCCGUUUGAUACUGCUGUGGCAUUUGAUACUGCUGUGGAACGUGAGGUUGAGGAGCGUGAUGUUGAUGAGCAUGAUAUUGGAAUGCUGCUUGAAGUGGAGGGUCUUGGUAUAGCUGGCCCCACGGCUGUGGAUUUUGACCCGGUGCAUAUUGCGGGGCUAUGUUUGGCGGUGGAUAGCUGUUAUAUCCGUGCUGCGGUAUUCCAUGCGGCGCGUAUCCUGGAUACGCAGAGUAUUGAGGAUUUGACGGAGGCUGCAUCUGGUCAUUCUGACCCUUUGCCGCCGGUGCUGAAGAAAUUGUCACCAGAGGUCCAAGCGAGGUUGGUUGAUGGAGAUACUGAGGAACCGCUGGCGAGUUGUAGCGUUGUGGCGUUACUGCAGCAUGCUGGUGAGCAUGCUGGGGCAAAUAUUGCUGUGAUGAAUUUACACCUGGCAAUUUUCGAGGCUCGAGAGCCUCGGGUUUUUCUUAACGGCUCAGAAAUCGGCUUGCCCUAUUCUCAGCUGUCGCCGCUUCGAGGCCAAGCUUUCAGAGGGAGGACAAGCAAUACCAAGGCCGAUGAAAAAGCCUUAGCAUGCGCGCGAUCUCGGGUGCCAUCCAAUUUUAAGGGCGAGUUUUGGAGAGGCUCAGCUGAAUCCAAAUUGCAAGCUCUCAUUGGGCUCUUGGCGCCAGGUGGCUGGCCCGCUAACAAAUGCAAACAGGACCUGACGGUUUCGCCAAAUACGAGCGCGAACAUCCUCAACCAAUGCCUCAAUUCCAACGUCAAAUCUCAAUUGUAUUGCAGUCCCAAUGGCUAG